AUGGUUUCAUCCAAAUUCUCCAGCCAGUCUGGCACCCAUAAAACACGAACGACAGAUGUCGACCGUUCUAAGGGUGAUGAGUUGGAUAAUUCUGCCCUACGACCAGCCAAUGAGCCGCGUAAUAAAACGAAAGUACAUCUGGAUGUGUCUCAUGCCGACGAUGGGUCUGAGGAUGAGGUACCAUUGAAUGCCAUCCGAGUUCAACAGGAUAUGACCUGGCAAGAGUCUAGGGGCGAUUCAUUUGGAGGAUAUAGAUAA